CAUAUCCGGCGCCACGCUAGGGGGAGAGGUGGAGUGUGGGGGUGGGGCGGCGGUUAGGUGAGGCUGGCCAUGAGACCUCAAGUACCUUUGCUGCCAGCUGUGAGCGAGGUGGACCGUUAGCGCAGGCGGCCUGGAGCGGCCAUCCGACUGUAGCCCUGUCAGAGUGUUAUGAUGCCGUCUCGUACCAAUCUGGCUACUGGAAUCCCCAGUAGUAAAGUGAAAUACUCAAGGCUCUCCAGCACAGACGAUGGCUACAUUGACCUUCAGUUCAAGAAAAGCCCUCCUAAGAUCCCGUAUAAGGCUAUUGCGCUUGCUACAGUGCUGUUUUUGAUUGGCGCCUUUCUCAUUAUCAUAGGCUCCCUCCUGCUGGCGGGCUAUAUCAGCAAAGGGGGGGCAGACCGGGCUGUUCCCGUCCUGAUCAUUGGCAUUCUGGUGUUCCUGCCAGGAUUUUACCACCUGCGCAUCGCCUACUAUGCAUCCAAAGGCUACCGGGGUUACUCCUACGAUGACAUUCCAGACUUUGAUGACUAACACCCACCCUCAGCUCUGAGGAGAAGAGUCACAGAUGGAACUGAGUGUGGCUUUAAGAUCUUGAGCAGAAACUAUGGCUAAGGGCUAAGAAAUUAUGCAGUUUGCAGAUGUUAAAACAAUGGCCAGAUUUUAUGGGUCCAUCCUCAAGAUGUUAACUGAGCUUACAAUUACCUAAUUAGGACAUGCUCUGUCUUUCAUCUCCUGGCCCUGGCAAAAGCUCUUGACAAGUUUUUCUGCAUGAAUACGUAUCAUGGAAGAGCGGCUAUGUUAAUGAUACGGGAAAACAGUUUCUUCUAUAGUGGAAAGCAUUGCUGCCACAAGCCUUUUUACAGCUGAGCAUUUCUUGUCAAUAGACCUUGUAAUUUGUUCUCAUGGCAAAUAGAAGAAUGUAGUUCAAAUUUCAUAUACUAAGUAAUUUGUUUUGAAAAUACCUAAGUAUCUUAUCCCCUACAUACAUCUCUAGUGAAAGUCCUUGGCAAUCAAGUAUCAGUGUGGGUAUAUUGGAAAUAUUUUUUACUUACUGUCUUAUAUAGCAGCUAGGACUUUUGUAAACUUCAGAGCAAGUUUUUAAAAAAGUGAACACUUUUUCUGUUCACCAGUCCUUGGCCAACUCUGAUCAGAUUCGCUAGUAGGUUGGCCAGCAUGUAAUUUGAGUCAUUCUGUCCUUUAUAGAUCAAGAUGUUCUAUAUAUCAUGCCUUUAAGGACUGGACUUUUGGCUGUUUUCUAAGGAAAAUUACAGAUAAAUGGUUACAACCCCGUCAUUAGCACCUUGUACUAUGAUACCUUUCUGCUAAAGAGCUCAAGAUUUAUCCUGGAUCUCUAGAGGACUGACUGCAUUAAUUUGAUUCUGUUUCCUAGCUUGCAAGAAUUGUCCUGUAGUCAAAAAAAAUUAAAAUGACAAAAUCUAA